AAACCAAAAUCAAAUUAUUCACCCUAUAACUUGUGUACUAAAAAAACUUAGUACAUAAAACCAAUAAUAUAGAGCCACCUUGUCAAAAUGGAUUCCUUAGUUGGAAAUUCUUCCAUCUUUGGAGUCACUAUAUUUCUGACAGUUGAAUUUAAAUCGAAAUUCAUAAAAUGUGUAGAUUUUGAUUUUGAUUUUUUUUUUUUUUUUUUGAAAACUAUCAAGUUUGAAAAUCAGAUUGUCUAAUUUUGAUUCAUCGAUUAUCGAUGUAUUGACUUUGUGAGUUCAAAGUAUCCCGAUUAGCGAUUGUAGGGAACCUUGAUCCCCAAUGUAUUCACAACAAUAUAAUACUUAAUUAAGUAUAGAUAUGAGAGGGUAAGUUCUAUGGUGAACUACCUUGAUCGAUACUUAAAAGUUGUUGGAAACUUCAACGAUAUUUGUCAGUUUUCGAAAGUAAAAGUUCACGGUCUCUUUGUUACAUAUAAUAACAAACGUGAUCGUUAUCAGUUUGAGCAAUUUUCAAGUAAUAACCUAAGGUAAAUCCUAGAACUUGCCUAAGAUUGAGUAGUUUCCAAUCCUUAAAAUACUGAGAAUCUAAGGCAAAAACUGCACUCAUCACAUAUCCUAAAAAACUAUAAAACCUCAAUUCAUGGUCCAUAAUCACAAUUCAAACAUUCACCACUAUCCUAUCAACUGCAAUGUCUAUCAACAAAGAGGAAACACCUUUCCUAUUCCCACAAACUCAAUCAACUGUUCUACCUGGCCCCUCAACCUUCUUUUCUCCAAAACUGCUAUCCACACCCCUCCCUACAAACUCUUUCUUCCAAAACUUUGUUCUCAAAAAUGGUGAUCAACCUGAAUACAUUCAUCCUUAUCUCAUCAAAUCCUCAAACUCAUCCUUAUCUGUUUCAUACCCUUUUCACCAUUUUAACUCAGCUUUCAUAUACCAAGUUUUCAAUGCUGAUCUCACCAUAACUUCCAUUGAACAGAAAACCAAUCAAAAUUCCAAUGAAAAACACAUAAUAUCUUCAUAUAGUGAUCUCAGUGUCACCUUAGAUAUCCCUUCUUCAAAUCUGAGUUUCUUUCUUGUUAGAGGAAGUCCCUUUUUAACUGUUUCUGUGACAAAACCAACCCCUCUUUCCAUUUCAACCAUUCAUGCCAUUCUUUCCUUCACUUCAAAUGAUAACCUUACCAAGUUCACUUUUCACCUUAACAAUGAUCAAACAUGGAUCCUAUACGCUUCCUUGCCGAUCAAGUUAAGUCAUGAACUUUCUGAGAUCACUUCCGAGGCCUUCUCCGGAAUAAUCCGGAUUGCUUUGUUGCCGGAUUCCAAUUCGAAAAACGAGGAUGUUCUUGACAAGUUCAGUUCUUGUUACCCUUUGUCAGGUGAUGCUGUGAUCAAAGAACCAUUUAGUGUUGAGUAUAAGUUUGAGAAGAAAGGUUCAGGUGAUUUGUUGCUAUUAGCACAUCCUCUUCAUGUUCAACUUUUGUCUAAGAAUGACUCUAAUAUUACUGUUUUGGAUGAUUUUAAGUAUAAAAGCAUUGAUGGAGACUUAGUUGGUGUUGUUGGUGAUUCAUGGCUUUUGAAAACUGACCCGGUUUCUGUAACUUGGCAUUCAAGCAAAGGUGUGAAAGAAGAAUCUCAUGAUGAAAUUGUUUCAUCUCUAUUGAAAGAUGUUGAGAAUCUAAAAUCAUCACCAAUAACAACAGCAUCAUCUUAUUUUUAUGGAAAAUUGAUAGCAAGGGCUGCAAGAUUAGCAUUGAUAGCUGAAGAAGUGAAUUACCUUGAUGCAAUUCCAUCUGUGAAAAAAUAUUUGAAGGAAUCUAUUGAGCCUUGGCUUGAUGGAACUUUUAGUGGAAAUGGAUUUCUAUUUGAUAAAAAAUGGGGAGGUAUUAUAACCAAACAAGGUUCUACUGAUACCGGUGCUGAUUUCGGAUUCGGAAUUUAUAAUGAUCAUCAUUAUCAUUUAGGAUAUUUUCUCUAUGGAAUUGCAGUUCUUGCUAAGAUUGAUCCAAUUUGGGGUAAGAAGUAUAAGUCUCAAGCCUAUUCCCUAUUGGAAGAUUUUAUGAACUUGAACACAAGCUCGAACUCGAAUUAUACACGUUUGAGGUGUUUUGAUCUUUAUAAGUUGCACUCUUGGGCCGGAGGGCUAACCGAGUUUGCGGACGGAAGAAACCAAGAGAGUACUAGUGAAGCUGUGAAUGCGUACUAUUCUGCAGCGUUGAUCGGUAUGGCAUAUGACGAUGCAGAACUCGCAGCCAAUGCAUCGACACUUACAUCAUUGGAAAUUCUUGCUGCUAAAAUGUGGUGGCAUGUGAAAGAAGGACAGAAUCUCUAUGAAGAAGAUUUUACAAAAGAGAAUAGGAUGAUGGGAGUUCUUUGGUCUAACAAAAGAGACAGUGGAUUAUGGUUUGCUCCUGCUGCUUGGAAAGAAUGUAGGCUUGGAAUUCAGCUUUUACCAUUAGUUCCUAUUUCUGAUGUUUUGUUUUCAAAUGUUGAUUAUGUGAAGGAACUUGUGGAGUGGACUUUGAAUGCUUUGAAUAGAGAAGGUGUUGAAGAAGGAUGGAAAGGUUUUGUGUAUGCAUUGCAAGGAAUUUAUGAUAAUGAAAGUGGAUUGAAGAAUAUAAAAGGGUUGAAAGGUUUUGAUGAUGGAAAUUCUUUGACUAAUCUUUUAUGGUGGAUUCAUAGCAGAAGUGAUAAAUAGUAGGAAUUUAAUCAUUAGUGAUGGUUUCAAAUGAAGUAUUUAGAAAAGAAAAUAAUUUAUGAAGUUUGAAUAAUUCUUGUAUUGUAUCUAUUUAUGUUUGUUAACAAUAUUUAUAUAAAUAAAAUUUGUUGUGUAGACUUAUGAAUUUAUUAUCUGUUGUUGUACUUUGUACCUAUUUCUGUACUUUUUUGGCAUUUUCAAUUUUAAGGUUAGUGUAUGAUGAUAGUUUAAUCAUAUUGAUUACUUUAAUCCC